UGAAGCUUCUUGCGCUAGUUCGACUCCGCACCAGGCCUUGGGGUGCCGUGAAAGGUUUCUACCUGGCGACGGUUAUGGCAGCAGUACCUCGUCUGAGCUCACGUUCAGGAUUCUUUGGUAUGAUAGUGGACUAUUAUUAGCCGUUCAGUCCACAAUUGAAGUCACCACACACAAAGCAACGGUUCCAGUAGUUUCAAACGAUGCCUUUCAUUGAUGCAUUGAUGUGUAAUGCUGGCAUCCUUCGCCCGUGAUUCUUCUUCCCUACUGAGAUCACCUUCAGACUACAAUUUUCAAAUUAUUUGCAGCAAGUAGGUGAGGUUCUUACCUCGAUGACGCCGCCAAUUCUUCACUGCAGCUAACGGUACACGAGGCAUGCCUGCCAAUGCAACAACUAACUUAGUUGGACUAGUGAGCUCCGGCGUCAGAGCAUGUACAAGAAGUUCAGCUUGAUGGGCUACAGAACUUUCCGGAUGCGAGAAAUCAGUUUAUCCCCGCAAGGGAGCAGUAAGUUAACAGAGCCGUGAAUGGCCAAAGCGCCGCCAACAGCACACGGUACGGACGGAUAUCGACCCAGAGUCCGCUGGGACUGGCAGAUGGCCCAACGGCUACUGCCGUUAAUCCUCUGUCUUCUUUUGCCAGGCACCUGUGUGUACCCUGUGCAUGGCUUCAAUGAUGUCAGAAGUGGAGUUACUGACUUGGAGGCAGGUGGCCCUGUUUUGUCAUCUCCUAUUGGAAGCAGUGGACUGGUUGUGAGUGAGGAUGAUGGCACAAAGUCAGCAGUUCUGUCCAUGUGCAUCAACUCUACCAUCAAGCCAGCACCGUCAUCAGCCAAUACGGUAGUUUGGAGUACUAAGGCCAGUGGAGGUAUAGGCAGUGGGAAGGUGAUCACCUCACUGAAUGAUAGCAAUGGCUGUUUCUGGUCUAAUCUGACAGUGGAUAUCAGUGUAGUUUCUGAAGCAGUGGGUGAUUACACUAUUGUUGUCAGAACAUCUGGUGGACUGCGGAACAGUACCUUGUCGCUCAGCAUAACAGUUCCAACAUGUGAUAUUCCCGUGAUUGCACACGGCACUGCACUGGGAUCGGGUGUGUUCAGAGAUACACUGCGACAGCGGUCAUCACACUACAGCAUCACCUGCGAUCCUGGAUUCGCGCUGACCAACUCCACUGCGAUGAAGUGCUUGGUGCGCAUGGCAGGACGAUCUCUUUUCAGUCACACCCCAGAAUGUAUUGGCGGUGAAGCAUCAUCGGAAUCUUUGGCAGUUGCCAUAGCAUCCAGUAUGAGCGCGCUGAGCACCAUAGCCCUGCUAAUCGUGAUGAUUAUCAAUAGGAGAAGGAGACGACUGCUUCGCAAGAUGAGUCACCAGCUGAACAUUAGCAGAAUUCCCAACGUGUCCGUAUUUAGUGCUGACUUGGACCAUCGCGAACGAAUGUAUUCAGAAACAACGGAGAACGCAACAAAGCAGUAUGUAGCUCCGCAAGCCCGUGACUCGGUUCAAAGCCGGUGUCGUGACUCGGUUCAAAGCCGGUGCUGUGACUCGGUUCAAAGCCGGUGCUGUGACUCGGUUCAAAGCCGGUGCCGUGACUCUGUUCAAAGCCGAGGCCCCACUCUCUACUCCGUGCCAAGCAAUUUCCGAAACCGUCCGCCGCCCUCUCCGUCGAGUCGAUCUGCUCUUUCCGCGGAUACGUGCCACGAGUCACCCGACUGCGAACUGGAGCUGGAGGGCGAUGCUGCGCCUGGCGGUGGCCCUGCUUCUGACGCUGGCGGUGCUGGCAUCAGGGACACGAUAAGUAGCAGCGGCGGUGAAGGCAAGAGCAAAGUGAGCCGUAGAGUCAGCGGUAGUGGCACCGUCUAUGAAUGCCUGUACGGGAGUAGUGCGCCGUGUUCGCCGGGCCUGGGCUACGGCACCUGCAGGAGAGACUGCACUACGAAAAGCUUCGAGAGCUCGCUCGCCGAUAGCUACAGCGAUGCCCAUGAGCUGGCGUCACCGGAAGGCUUGUACAGUGGCAUGCAAACACCCAGGGAAUUGGGGACGGAGGAUGGCGAUGAUUGCGAUGGGGUCGUAGCCAGCAACGUGACUGUUCUUGAGCCUACAUAUCAUAUGCUUGAGCCAGACCAAGUUCAGAGCAGGGCAAGGAGGGUGAGCAAGCCAGCUUUGAAUCCGCUGCCGUCAUCCAUAGUCGACACAGCAAUUGUUUUGCCUGCUGAAGACGUGCAUGGUCCCGUUUACCACCUGGAAGGCGGUAGCGCACUGAAAACAGAUGAGACCGAUGAUAGCGAGGAAGCACAAUUGGAGUCAUCAUCGUUGAAACAGGAGCUAUCAGAUGAAGAGUACGCACUACUUGUCAGGGAGUCAGUCUGUACCAAUGCCCAAGAGUUCUUCUCCGAUCCCCAAGAUCAGACGGCCCCAGUGCAGGAAUUUGGUGCUCCGCACUCGCCAUGCCUGGACCACCGUGACGACCCAGACGCUGGCAGAGACUUUGGAGUUGACGAGUCCACCGGCUAUAGUAGUUUAGACGCGCAGCCCUCUGUUGCUCCACCACCUGCCAACUGCUGGAACAGUCCCAGAGCCAAUGCUCCUCCAGUGGCAGCGUCGUGGUCUAACUUUGGUCACGAGUGGUCAGCGUACGCAUCUGGCAGCGGCGACUCUCAAGAAGCGUCGACCCAAGCCAGUCGCCAGCAGCAUGGACGAGAGACUAUCUACAGUGACAUAGUGACUUCUGCUGGGGAAAUGAACAGGAGAGCUACUAUCAUGGUGCUACCAGACGGCUGCGGCGAGGAUGAAGCCCAGCAGCGAGACGAUCAGUCUCAGUACGCUGAGCUACGUGGUAAAGCCACCAGGAUGUCCCUUGCCAAUUUCAAAAGAACCCAGCUGCCCCGCCUGAAGUUUUCCACCAGAAAGGAAGACCACCAGGCCUCCGAUAUCUAUGCCGUGCCCGAUUUCAUCAAAAACAACCUAAGCAGCUCGCAAGCACAGACGAAACCAGGCCGUACUUUUUCUAUGAGAUUCGAUUUGAGCAAGUCGCAAAUGCCAUCGCUGACGCUUCAGGGUAAGCGGAGUCUGAGCUUCUCUAUGAAACCCAAGAGCAAGCCAGGGACGCCAGGAUAGUAUGCACUCCUUGCCAGAGAAUGCGGUUGAUCCAACAGCAGCUGUACAUGUACAUGGCAAUCAUAAAAUGCAGUCAACGAAGGAUCAAGUCUAACGCUAGGCGUGAGUUUUUUUAAUUGUUUGGCGUCAGUUGCCCUUCAACAUUUGAACUCUCAGUUCACAAUCAGGCAUGUCCAUUGAUCGCUUUGAAGCGGAAAUCGACUUUCAAAAAUACUACUUCGCAUGACAGGCAGUUUCGUUUUGUUCACUGUGACAUAGGGAUGUCAUCACCAUACGAAUGAAAGCAUUUCAAACGUUCAAACUCCAAUGCAUGCUUUUUCUUACCAGCGGGGAUCACUGGGUCAUUCUCUAUUUUCUUGACCUUUCUGGCUACUGACGGGAUUCUUUUUUCAUGGCAAAAUAACAAUCACUUCACAGCAGAAUAUUAUUUUAUACCACAUUUUCAAUCUCAAAAUUCGUCUCACAAGUACGCAAGUAAAAUGUGGCAUGACAGGUUGUUUGUUAGGCUUAGACCUUAUUCUUGCUUUUCAGUAUAGUCACCGCACCAUAAUACUAUUAUAGUAUUCCUUUUCAAUGUCUUCUUCCACCUAUUGCGGCAGAAAACCUUCUUUCUCUCAGUGUCCUGCUGACUAAAGAUAUAAUUUUAUGAUAGUAGUUUUGUGGUGCACCGCAUUGAUUGCAAUCAGGAUAUGCGGGUAGACUCGGUCGAUGGACUCUGGACAUGAAGUGAGUCAACCAUUUCACACGAGCACUUAUGCUCAGUCAGCGGCGCUGCAAUUUGAAAUGUUCAACUCCAUUGAUUUUCCCAGUUGCUGUUCUCGUCUGAUUUCUUUUCUAUUGUUAU